AUGACAACAACAAAGAAGCCACACAUACUAGUCAUACCACUUCCACAGUUUGGUCAUAUGCUUCCACAUAUCGACCUCACUCAUCAGCUUCUCCUUCGUGGAGCCACCAUCACCGUCCUCGUCACACCUAAAAGCUCUCCUUAUCUUGAUCCUCUCCGUUCUCUUCACUCUCAGGAACAUUUCAAAACCCUAAUCCUUCUUUUUCCUUCUCACCCUUCUAUUCCUUCAGGCGUCGAAACACUCCAGCAACUCCCUCUACAAGCUUUACCUCACAUGCUCGAAGCUCUCUCUGGUCUCCACGACCCUCUCGUUGAUUUCCUGAACCAUCAGCCACCGUCGGACCUUCCCGACGUUAUCCUCGGAAGCUCUUUUCUCAGCCCUUGGAUUAACAAAGUAGCUGAUGCUUUCUCUCUAAAGUCUAUUUGUUUCUUACCCAUCAAUGCUCAUGCGAUCUCCACCAUGUGGGGUCAAGAAGAUAGAGGCUUCUUCGACGAGUUCGAGACUGCCACAACAGAAAGCCACGGUCUCGUCGUCAACACUUUCCACGAGCUCGAGCCUGAGCUUGUAGAGAGUGUUACAGCUAGGUUUAUGACUCACCACCGCGUUUGGACAGUCGGACCGUUGCUUGCCUUUAAAGCAGGCGUUGACCGCGGUGGAGCAUGUAGCGAGGAUAACUCAGUCGUUUACAUAGCUUUCGGUAGCCAGAUCCGACUCACGGUGGAGCAAACGGCGGCUCUUGCAGCGGCCUUGGAGACAAGCGCUAUGCGUUUCAUAUGGGCGGUGAGGGACGCAGCUAAGAAAGUAAACGCUGGAGAUAACUACGGUGAUGAUGUAGAUGUGAUUCCGGCAGGGUUUGAGGAGAGAGUUAAGGACAAAGGUCUGGUCAUAAGAGGAUGGGCCCCACAAACGAUGAUUCUUGAGCAUAGAGCCGUUGGAUCGUAUCUGACCCAUUUGGGUUGGGGUUCGGCUCUAGAAGGAAUGGUCGGAGGAGUUGUUAUGCUUGCGUGGCCGAUGCAAGCAGGCCAUUUCUACAAUGCGAAGCUGGUCAUUGAUGAUCUAGGAGUUGCAGCGAGAGUUGGAGAGAACAAAGACUCGGUUCCUGACUCGGGAAAACUCGCUAGGGUUUUGGCAGAUUCGGUGAAAGAUGAUUUUCCGGAGAGGGUUAGGUUGAUGAAGCUCAGGGAGAAAGGUAUGGAGGCCAUGCAAGAAGGUGGGAGCUCGUACAACAAUUUGGAUGAGCUUGUUGCAGAGAUGUGCGUGUAA